AGCAGAGGAAGCUGCUGUGGCGGCGGCCCUCGGAGCUCACCAUGAAGACCCGCUUUAGCACCAUUGACCUCCGCGCGGUUCUUGCAGAGUUGAAUGCCAGCUUGCUAGGAAUGAGAGUACACAAUGUUUACGAUGUGGAUAACAAGACAUACCUUAUUCGUCUUCAAAAACCAGACUUUAAAGCUACACUUUUGCUUGAAUCUGGCAUACGAAUUCACACAACAGAGUUUGACUGGCCUAAGAAUAUGAUGCCAUCUAGUUUUGCUAUGAAGUGCCGAAAACAUUUGAGGAGUCGGAGAUUAGUCAGUGCAAAACAGCUUGGUGUGGACAGAAUUGUAGAUUUUCAAUUUGGAAGUGAUGAAGCCGCUUAUCACUUAAUCGUUGAACUCUAUGACAGGGGGAACAUUGUUCUUACAGAUUAUGAGUACCUAAUUUUAAAUAUCCUAAGGUUUAGAACUGAUGAGGCAGAUGAUGUUAAGUUUGCUGUUCGAGAACACUACCCAGUUGAUCAUGCUAGAGCUGCUGAACCUUUGCUUACCUUGGAAAGACUGGCUGAGAUAAUAUCUACUGCACCUAAGGGAGAACUACUGAAGAGAGUUCUUAAUCCUUUACUUCCUUAUGGACCAGCUCUUAUUGAGCACUGUCUAAUAGAAAAUGGAUUCUCUGGCAAUGUCAAAGUGGGUGAAAAAUUUGAAAGUGAAGAUAUUGAAAAAGUACUUGUUUGUCUAAAGAAAGCAGAAGAGUAUAUACAAACAACAUUCAACUUCAGCGGCAAGGGCUAUAUCAUUCAGAAGAGAGAAAUAAAACCAAGUCUGGAGAUAGAUAAACCAACAGAAGACAUACUCACGUACGAGGAAUUUCAUCCUUUCUUAUUUUCUCAGCAUUCACAAUGUCCAUAUAUAGAAUUUGAAUCAUUUGACAAGGCUGUGGAUGAAUUUUAUUCCAAGAUAGAAGGCCAGAAGAUAGACUUAAAGGCUUUACAGCAGGAAAAACAAGCAUUGAAGAAAUUAGAUAAUGUCCGAAAAGAUCAUGAAAACCGGUUAGAAGCGCUUCAGCAGGCUCAGGAAAUAGAUAAACUUAAAGGAGAACUGAUAGAGAUGAACCUGCCCGUAGUUGACAGAGCCAUUCAGGUAGUUCGAAGUGCUUUAGCCAACCAGAUAGACUGGACGGAGAUCGGAUUAAUUGUGAAAGAAGCUCAAGCCCAAGGAGAUCCUGUUGCAAGUGCAAUCAAAGAGUUGAAACUACAGACAAAUCACGUUACGAUGCUGCUGAGAAAUCCAUACUUGUUAUCAGAGGAGGAAGAUAAUGAUAUUGAUGAUGGCAUCGGUGUUGAGAAAAAUGAAACUGAACUACUAAAAGGAAAAAAGAAAAAGCAAAAGAAUAAACAGUUGCAGAAGCCUCAGAAAAAUAAACCCAUGCUUGUUGAUGUUGACCUCAGCCUAUCAGCAUAUGCCAAUGCCAAAAAGUAUUAUGAUCAUAAGAGAUACGCUGCUAAGAAAACACAGAAGACUGUUGAAGCUGCUGAGAAGGCAUUCAAAUCAGCAGAAAAGAAAACGAAGCAAACCCUAAAAGAAGUCCAAACGGUUACUUCUAUUCAGAAAGCAAGAAAAGUGUAUUGGUUUGAGAAAUUUCUGUGGUUCAUUAGUUCUGAGAACUAUCUAAUUAUAGGUGGACGAGAUCAGCAACAGAAUGAAAUCAUUGUGAAAAGGUACUUAACCUCAGGGGACAUUUAUGUACAUGCUGAUCUUCAUGGUGCAACCAGCUGUGUAAUUAAGAACCCAACAGGAGAGCCAAUCCCACCUCGGACCCUGACGGAAGCUGGCACAAUGGCACUUUGCUAUAGUGCUGCUUGGGAUGCACGAGUUAUCACAAGUGCUUGGUGGGUGUACCAUCAUCAGGUGUCCAAAACAGCACCAACUGGAGAAUAUUUGACAACAGGAAGUUUCAUGAUAAGAGGAAAAAAGAAUUUUCUUCCUCCUUCAUAUCUAAUGAUGGGAUUUAGCUUCCUCUUUAAGGUAGAUGAGUCUUGUGUCUGGAGGCACCGGGGUGAACGGAAAGUCAGGGUGCAGGAUGAAGACAUAGAGACACUCACAAGUUGCACAAGGGAACUUCUAUCAGAAGAACUGGAACAACUAGAUGGAGGUGAUAGUAGCAGUGAGGAGGAUAAAGAGGAACUGCUUGAAACGCCUGUUGAAGAAGAACUCAUGACUCAGAUUGACCAAGAGGCCAGUACUGUUCAGAGUGGUGGAGAUGAUCUAAAGGAGGAACUGAUUCAGGAAGAAAGUUCAGAGGAUGAAGGAGAAUCUGAAGAGGUGGUAAAAGAUGAGGAACCAAUUGGUGAAAUGAAAGAUGAAGAAGGAGAGACAUUAAGUUAUCCUGACACUACCAUUGACUUGUCCCAUCUCCAGACCCAAAGGCCCCUCCAUAAAUUAUCUUCAAAAGAGGAAGCUCCUAACUUGAGUGACAGUAAAUUACAGAGCCGGAGACAUUUGUCAGCCAAGGAAAGAAGAGAAAUGAAGAAGAAAAAGCUUCCAGAUGAUUCUGGGGCUCUAGAAGAGACGCAGGGCAAGGACCAGGAGAGGGAGACACAUCAGAACACAAGCAGAAGCGUGCCAGCCGGCCAGCCGGUGAAGCGAGGACAGAAGAGUAAAAUGAAAAAAAUGAAGGAAAAAUAUAAAGACCAGGAUGAAGAAGAACGUGAGCUUAUCAUGAAAUUGCUGGGGUCUGCAGGCUCAAAUAAAGAAGAAAAGGGGAAGAAAGGAAAAAAAGGGAAAACAAAAGAUGAACCUGUAAAGCAGCAGCCUCAGAAACCUAGAAGUGGGCCCAAAGUGGCUGACCUCAAGAAAGAAACUCCCUCCCUAGCGGUCCUAACUCCUGAGUUGAAAGACCUGUCUGCAGAGGAUCCGCAUGAUGACAAGGAAGAGCAAGAUCUGGAUCCACAGGGCAAUGAGGAAAAUCUGUUUGAUUCUUUGACAGGGCAGCCACAUCUUGAAGAUAUUCUACUAUUUGCCAUUCCAAUAUGUGCCCCUUACACCACCAUGGCUAACUAUAAAUAUAAAGUGAAGCUUACUCCUGGAGUUCAGAAAAAGGGAAAAGCUGCAAAAACAGCCUUGACUAGUUUCAUGCAUUCCAAAGAAGCAACCGCCAGGGAAAAGGACUUAUUCCGCAGCGUAAAGGACACAGAUUUAUCAAGAAACAUCCCUGGCAAAGUGAAAGUGUCUGCGCCCAAUCUUCUGAAUGUAAAAAAGAAAUAGCUGAAAUGAAAUACUAAAAUAUGAGAAGAGCCAAUUUUGUAGCCUUUUGGAAGUUGAAAACAUCAUGUAAUAAGACUUCUGAAUUUCAAUAAUGAACUAAAGAUUGCCUUGCUGUUUGCCAAAAGGACUUCCUCUUGUUUUUUUCUCCGUUUUAUAUAGAGGAAACAGUAUAUGGUAGGAUUUCCUAAAAUAUUUGUGGAUACUUAAAACUUAAAUACUAUGAUUGUAUACAGCUAUAGUUAUUCCCUACAUUUACUUGAAAAUUGAGAGGCUAAUAUGAGUAUUCAUUUACUUGAUAUUCUGUAUAUAAAUUCUAAUAUAUAUACCUAUAUAUGA